AUGGGGAGAAAAAAGAAGAAGCAGAUGAAGCCCUGGUGUUGGUACUGUAACAGGGAUUUUGAUGAUGAAAAGAUUCUCAUUCAGCAUCAGAAGGCCAAGCACUUUAAGUGUCACAUAUGUCACAAGAAGUUAUACACUGGUCCUGGUCUGGCCAUCCACUGUAUGCAGGUUCACAAAGAAACCAUUGAUGGUGUCCCUAAUGCAAUACCGGGAAGGACUGACAUAGAGCUGGAGAUCUAUGGAAUGGAGGGUAUUCCAGAGAAAGAUGUGGAGGAGAGGAGACGCAUGCUUGAACAAAAAACACAGGAUAAUCAGAAGAAAAAACAGCAAGAUGACUCAGAUGAAGAUGACGAGGAUGAAGAGGCUGGUCCCUCCUUCCAGCAGCCAGCAACAACCGUUCAGCCUCAGGGAGCUUAUGUCCCUAUGACCCAACCAGGAAUGGCCCCUGUCCCAGCGCCAGGGAUGCCACUUGGAAGCUACUCAGGAAUGCCCCCAAUGAUGCCUGGUGUCCAUCCGAUGAUGCCAGGGAUGCCUCCUGUCAUGCCCAGAAUGCCUCCAGGCAUGAUGCCAAUGAGUGGGAUGAUGCCACCUACACAUGGGAUGCCCCCAAUGAUGCCUGGCAUGCCACCAGGAUUGCCUCCUCACAUGGGUCAUCACCCUGGCAUACCCCACAUGGCUCAGGCCCCUCCCACUACCACCCGGCCAGCUGUGCCUGCCACCACAGUGUCCACGCCACAGCCGAGUGUCUCCAAGCCACUGUUUCCCAGCGCAGGACAGGUCCAACAGGCUGGUUCUGGUGUAGCGGCGAGCUCCUCUGCACCACCUUCUGCUGCUCCCAAACCAACAUUCCCAGCUUACACCCAGUCCUCCACCACUGCUGCGGCCAACACCAGCAGCACUGUGGCCAAACCGGGCACCCCAGUCACAAGUAAGCCUGCCACCCUCACCACCACCAGUGCAACCAGUAAGUUGAUCCACCCUGAUGAAGAUGUAUCACUGGAAGAGUUGCGAGCACAGCUGCCUCGCUACCAGUGUAAGAUCCCUAGUUCAGGACAGGCCCAUGUGACUUCCCCACCAGCUGCACCAAUGGGAGGUGUGCUGCCCCCUCAGCAGGGAAUUCCUGCACAACAGCCGGGUGUUAGGCAUCCCAUGCAAGGGCCGUAUGGUGCUCCGCCACAGGGAGUCCCUGGGUACGUCCCAGGAGGAAUGCCUCCUUACGGUCAAGCCCCACCCAUGGUCCCUCCCUUCCAGGCCGCUCCCCCUCGGCCUGCCAUAGGCCUGAGACCUCCUGUAAUGUCUCCUGGAGGCCGAUACUGAAGCGUCACCACUGGUCUACAUUAGGUUUGCUGAUUCAACCAUUUUACCAUCUAGUGGCGUGCUUUACAAUCCAGAUCAGUAACCGUAACCCUUCUUGCAAUGAGGAAAUGUGUAGCACAUGGGACAUUUAAUUAUAAUUUGGACCUACCCUUUGUUGCAGAUCAUACAGUCUGGCUUUUCUCUCAUGUUUUGUUUAGGUUUUUAGAAGUGUAGUAAAUAUGGUUCGUAUUAAUUUGAAGCGGCUGGAGUUUCGUACAGCACCUUUAUCAAGGCAAGUCACUGUAAAUAUACUACUGUACUAAAAGUGUGAAGCCUUCGCAGCACCCAUAGGUGCUGUUGGGCGUCCCGUCCCCAGCGUUGCUUGGUGAGGGCUUCAGAUAGCGGUCACUGUUGGAUUGAUUUUUCUAAGUCUGGUUGUCUACAUUUACAGUGUUCUCUCUAUAGGGCCAAUAACAAAAGGAUUGCUGUGAAUGCUAUCUGUACUGUUCCACUAUGACUUGUAAUAAACUAUUGAAAUCUAACGGCUGUUUUUUCAUUAGCAAGUAAAGGACAACCUCACAAGGUUUGUACUACAAACGCUCCACACGAUGGCUGUUGUUUGUAUGAAAGCUGUGUUUGCAGUGUGCUGGAAUGUGUUUGUGGACGAGAGGAAAACUGACGCAUCUGCAUCCACGUUUGAUGUUCCUACUGGUCCUUUCAUAUUCUAGUUUGGAUUUAAAGGGGUCAAAUCAUGAGGAAUCAAGUUUUCAUCGAUAUUUUAAGAUAAAUUAGUUUGUACCAUGUCAACUUGAUUGUAACUGUUAAGGUCUUUGCACACCGAGUCCGAAAUUUUCCCAAAAUUGAAAAAUAAAUGCGACCAUGUUGUAUCAAUCAUGUUUACACACUGCCUCCAAAACUUUUGUCUGUCAUAAAA